AGUGCUGUAUGUACUUCCGGUGGCAACUACAGCGAAGAAGAAAUCGUUAAUUCGGAGGUUUGGCUCCUAGGUUUUUAUCAUUGAUAUUAAGCUAAAAUAAAUAUAAACACCUCGACACAAAUCGUUUCAUGAUUCCAAUUGCAUCUUCCUGAAACGUUUGCGAAACACCUUUGGACACUGGGAUUUGUAACUAGCCAGCUAAGUUAGCCACGUUAUUAAUUAGCUAGAUAGCUAACGCUAGCUACAAUUGCUAGCUCUAGUACACAGUUUGGCGCUGGUAGAAUGGCGGAGGAGGAAGACGAAACCAAUUUCGACGAGGAUUUGGAUGACGGGGCGGGUGGAACCGAUGGGAGCCACGGCAAGCGAAAACGGUUGUUUUCUAAAGAGCUUCGGUGUAUGAUGUAUGGGUUUGGAGACGACCAGAAUCCCUACACGGAAUCAGUGGACAUCCUGGAGGACCUUGUGAUCGAGUUCGUCACGGAGAUGACACACAAAGCCAUGUCCAUCGGACGUCAGGGCCGUGUCCAAGUGGAAGACAUUGUUUUCCUCAUCCGGAAAGAUCCAAGGAAGUUUGCCAGAGUGAAGGACCUCUUGACGAUGAACGAGGAGUUGAAGAGAGCCCGCAAGGCCUUUGAUGAAGCAAACUAUGGUUCUUAGGUCCUGUGGUUGUAGAGGGAUACGGGCUUCAACAUUUUUUUUUUUUUUUUCGCAUUGUCCAUGCUGUUUAUUCUGCUAUGAUUAUUAAACAUGUUUUUAUAAGGCUCUUAACGUUUAUUUUGUAGCAGAUGUGGCCAUAGAGAUGUUAAUUGACCAUCCACUUGUGACUUCAGAUAUGUUUGUGCUCAUGUCAAAUGCCAAUGCCUUACAUAUCUUUAUCAUCUUUGUGUGGCUUUCUGGCAGACUAGAUGCUAUGUUGCUGCCUUUCAGUUGGGAAUUGCACGUUUGUUCACAAAUAAUUUCUCAAUCUAAUACCCGAGCUGACACUGAAAAAAAUGGUCUGUACCCUUGAGCAAGGCACUUAACCCUAAUUUGUUUUAGGGGGCUGCCUACUAUGGCUUUUACCCUGUAAAACAUCCCAUUUCACUGCACCUAUCCGGUGUAUGUGAGAACCUAAUACUGGAAAGUUCUCAUUAAAGUCUGUCUGCUGAAGGAUAUUGCUUUGCAGUAUAAAUCAUGUCAUGUGAGCUAACUUUGCUCUUGUGAGAGGAUUGUCCCAUUCAUCGCUAAGGAUAGGCAUAGUGAAAUGAAUACAGUAACUUACACCUUUUGACACCGUCUUCCAUCCUUUACGGAGAUAUUUCAGGACAUGGCCCAGAGGGGAGGUUAAUGUAGACUUUCUAUAUGAAUCCAUGGAUGGGUUUUUGUUCCGGAACCAUUUAACUUGCUCCUACACCUUUAGACAGUGGAUAUAUAGUGUUAUCGUUGAAUUAACUAUUUGGCCUGUUCUGUUAUUAAAUGUUUGCAAAUGAAUGCACAUGGACCUAACUGCACGCAAUAAAACUGCAGGACUGAGUUUA